CAUUUGAAUGCUAUUCAAACAUUGGCUCCUCACUUGCUCCGCUACCUGACUGUGUGCGUCAUCACCAGUACGGAUAAAAAGAAGAAGAGUCUGAUUCGCGAUCUGGUCUAUUUGAUUCAACAAGAAAGCUACUCUUAUCGGGAUCCGGUGACGGAAUUCUUGGAAUGUCUUUUUGUGAAGUUCGAUUUCGAUGGAACUCAACAGAAGUUGCGUACUUGUGAG